CUGCGAACAGUUAUCGCUGACCUGUUUACGCCACUAAUCGAGCUUUUGGUUCAGCCAGGAGAAAAGCCAUUGCAAGCGAAGUUUUCUUUAUACGACGCCGCUCGUUUGUACCUUAAAACAUGCUACAGUGCAAAGGAAAUCGAGAAUAUUCCGACUUCUGCAGAAUGGCUGCUGGAUGGCAACGGACCUGCCGUUGCUUCUCGAGAUCCUUUCCGUAUUUCUAUCGAUAAGUUCGCAUAUGAAAUUAGUCGUCGAACCGCGACCGAUAUCUCUGAUCUUCCGAUUCAUCUCAAGAUUGCUCCUCUCUUAUUCUUAAAGGAUAUAUUGCAUGAAGAUGCCAACAAUUCCAAGCGAGUAGCCUCAUUUUUCUCCAAGACUGGAAUGCCUAGAUAUCUCACAGAACUUCUCAAUGAUAUCGAGAUAGAUUGGGAUUUGCUCAGCAGAAAAGAUGCUGAUCAUACACUACGACAUAAACUUUUCACAACUUUAAUUUUAACUCUUGUUCGAUUGUCACUCACAGUACCCGGCUGGAACGCUUUAGCUGAGUUAGCUCUUCCCGAAGUUCUUUCACAUUUAACAGCUCUGAAGAACCCGCCGAAACAGAUUUUCAUUCAACCAGCCACCGUUAAUACAAAAGAUACCCCUUCUUUCCUGUUCGCAAACUCUGUUGAUCUCGUGAUGCACUUGUGCUUGACACUGUGUGCUAAACCUAAGUGGAAACGAAUCUCAUUAAAAAUAUUAGACGUUGUGCAUUCCCAUGGUGAGAUGCUGAGCCAGCUUAUGAGAGCUGAAAUUCACUGUCAUGCUGUUGAAACAGCUUCAAAUUUAGUUCAGCAAAUUUUCAACGAUGAUGAAGUUACUCGACCAGUGAUAGAAAAGGAAGCCGUUUUACGUCUUCUCAACAAACGGAAGUCGGAUAUUAUCAGGUUACCCUGA